AUGACCCCAUCAACCGUAAGGCUCAACGUGUCAUAUCGUACAUGGUUGGAAUUGCAGUUAAUGGCGGCAACGGCUGCAGCACAACCGAGCAGCAGUUCGGGUUCGCAGAUGCUCUCGAUGGCUGGUGCAUCUCGAUCGAACGCUAGUGACGCAUCACCGCAAAGCUCGUCGUCAGCAUCCACCAAAGAUAUAUGCAUGGAAUUGUGUGUGGUUUGUGGAGAUAAGGCUUCCGGACGACAUUAUGGAGCUGUUAGUUGUGAGGGUUGUAAGGGGUUCUUCAAGAGGAGUAUUAGGAAACAGAUUGGAUACGUUUGUCGAGGUUCCAAAGACUGCCCGGUCACNAAGUUUCACCGUAAUCGAUGUCAAUACUGUCGAUUGAGAAAAUGUCUCUCAAUGGGAAUGCGCAGUGAAUCGGUACAAGCCGAGCGACGACCAGUUGGCUCGUUAUCGAAUAUUGAAUAUGCCCCGACGAUGGUGCCGACAACAUCCGCAUCACAACAGAGACCACUGAAGGACAACGAGGUGAUCAAAUUGCAUCUGCUCGUUUCCUUGCAGAUAUCCUCUACGAAACGAUCAGAUGCCUUCAUAAAUGGUCUUCUUGCGAUCGUUCAGAACGAAGUUGAAAAUCUUCAGGAGGAGGAUAAGAAGGAUGUGUUAGCGUUAGGUGUGGGAAGCAGCAGCAGUCCAACAUCUGCACAGAGGCAAGUAUCAGCUAGUCCCGAACCACAACUGAAUCUCGACAAGCGGGAAUCAAUUGGUGAUGACGAAUACGGUAUUGAUGUGAACGCUGUGACUAGAAUACCACAAUCCUCAUCACCGUCCUCAACCGGUGAUCCUUCGUCGAUAUCCGAUGAUGGCGCUACUUUGCUCAAUAAUGAGAAGGCUAAAUUUGACCUGCCCGUGCCACAUCCGAUGCCGCGUGAACUGAAUAUACAAUUCGUUUGUGAAACUGCGUCAAGAUUGUUGUUUUUGUCGGCACAUUGGAUUAAGGACAUGAAAGCAAUUAGUUCCGAUGCAUCCCUGCUUGAACAGACAAUGAAAUUGAAAUGGUGUGAUUUAUUUAUAAUUGGAUUAAUGCAGUGCUCCGAUCAGUUUUGCUUGAAUAAUAUGCUCUCGGCAAUGAGUAAUCAUUUGGAUAAUUGUUCGAAGCUUGGGCAAUUGAAAGCAGAGCGAUUCGAAGAAGUUAACGAGCAAAUAACCUUUUUACUGAAGUUGGCCGAGCGUUUCGAUGAGCUGAAGUUAUCGUCGAUGGAGUUCGCCUAUGUGAAAUUGAUUUCAUUCACCGCUAACGAUUUACCUAGUACAAGCUUCAAUUCGAAACUGCGCAGUGUGCACGCUCAGGCAUUACAAGAGCUCUAUGAUCACAUUCUUACAAAUGGUGCUCAGAAUUGUUCUGAAGAUACAACCUCCGAAGUGGACAGUUCAUCUGGCGGUGGCGCACCGAACAACUACGCCACAGUGGACCGUUACAGUCAGCUGCUGAUGCUAAUGCCUACACUGAGAUGGUUCAAGCAAUCGAUCAUCGUCGAAUUAUUCUUUUCUGGUUUAAUCGGCAAUUUAUCAAUAGGAACCGUUAUGCCAUUCAUAUUAGCUAUGGACGUUAUGAAUGUGUUUGAUGGCUCGUCAUCGACUUCAUCAUCCACAUCCGUGACCACAACAACUACAACAACAACAACAAAUAGUGCUGAUUUAUUACCUGGUGCUAAAUCACUUGCCGAUAUCCUUUAUAAAACUGAUUGA